UCUCCACGUCCCUAACAUCACAACAGCAAUCCAACUUGACCAUCUCUGUGAUUGUCUACUGAAUUUGCAAAGAACUGAAGGUGUGAUCACUGAAACCAUGCUGAAGUUAGUGCUUGUGCUUGGAUGCCUCCUGAGUCUCACUCUGGCUCAACCUAGAGACAUGGCUCGCAAACGUGUUGCCCGCUCAAGUUCUGAGUCUAACUCAUCAUCAGACUCAGACGAAAGAACCAGUACUGCUUCAAGUGAUCUGGCAAGACUGCGUGAGCUGCUGCAACUCUUAAAGGCGCUCAGAAAGACAACUACAACUGCAGCCACUACUACUACUACUACUACUGCUACUACUACAACUAAAGCUCCUACCACCGCUGCUGCUCCUGCUACCACUGCUGCUGCAACUACCAAGUAGAAUCUGAAACUGAAGCAGAGAUCAACAUGAAAAUGAAAUCCAUCCAUGUGCAUGUUUGAGAUCUGUACUGUUUUUCUCAAGUAAAUGUGGAUCAUAAUCAGCAGUUUCCCUUGUGAUAU